AUGCCCACAAAUUGCUGUGUACCGCUCUGUACAAAGAAGGACAAACGAGACAAAGAGACGGGCGAAAAGAUUUCUUUCUUUCGCUUUCCAGAAGACGAAGACCUUAUGAAGCAAUGGAUCCAUGCUAUCAGGAGAGAUGUUGGGCCGUAUUUUUCCGUAAAUGAGGGAACCCGGGUUUGUUCGAGACAUUUCAAGACGGAGGAUUUGCGUAAAAGUCUGAACGGCAGGGUUAGCCCCAAACCAGGAGCUGUGCCAAGCAUAUUUGCAUGGAAACGAAGUUCGCCGAGAAAACGAGCACCGCCGACACCACGCUUCACGGCUACAUCUGUGGCAAAGAAUUUAACGUCAGAAGCUAGUGAGGCUACGGAUUUGGCAGCCGAAAGCCGUGAAAUUGCAACGUCAACAAAUAUGGCGGCCGACUUGGCCUUUCCGGAAACAGCGGAAAUGCAAAACACGACACAUUUUGCCGAGAAAUCUGAGAAAGAUUUAUUGAUAGCUGACCUUGAAGACAAGCUUUCCGCAGCUCUAGCGAAGAAUGAAGAACUACAGGAACUGGUUUCAAAACUGAAAGAGAAAGUUACAGAUCUUGAAGAGAAAUACGAGAAACUUGAGGAGCGGUUGUUUUCAUUUAAAAACAUCGCCUCACAGGACUCACUGGUGGCAUUUUACACUGGAUUUCCAAACCUCCAGACAAUGAUGGCCUUGUACCACUAUUUGGAUCCUGGUGACAGGGGUGAAAAUAUUAGUUAUUGGUUGUCUGGGAAAGAUGUCGAUGGCACUGCCAGGCCAGUGAAACAAGGAAGACCAAGGACCUUAAAGCCAGUGGACGAGUUUUUUCUAACAUUGUGUAGGCUGGGGCAAGGUUUUGCCGAGUUGCAUUUAGCUCACUUGUUUAAUGUCUCUCAGCCAACUGUGAGUAGAAUUUUUAUCUCUUGGAUAAAUUUUUUGUAUUUCAAACUUGGCAACAUAAAUAUUUGGCCUUCCAGAGAACUAGUCAAUGAGACAAUGCCAGAAGAUUUUAAGGCCAAGUAUCCAACCACAAGGGUAAUCAUUGACUGCACAGAAGUGCGUUGUGAAAUGCCGAGUAGCCUUCUUUUAAAUAGUGAGCUGUUUAGUUCAUAUAAGCACCAUACAACUUUAAAGGCAUUAGUGGGAAUUUCACCAAAAGGGUUUUUUACCUUUAUCGGGCAACUAUAUACUGGCAGCAUAUCAGACAGGGAAAUGGUAGAACGCAGUGGCUUCUUGAGCCUUCCCUUUUCAAAAGGAGACACUGUGAUGGCUGACAAGGGUUUCACGAUUGAAGACAUACUUCCCCUAGGAGUCUCUUUAAACAUUCCCCCUUUCCUGGGAAUGUCUGAUCAGAUGUCAGCUGAAGAUGUGAUAGCAACACAAGAAAUUGCUAGUUUGCGUAUCCAUGUGGAAAGAGCUAUCAACAAGGUGAAGAACUUUCUCAUCUUUGAUGGAGUUAUUCCAUUAAGCCAGUUUGGGGUAAUAAAUCAAAUGUGGUGUGUUUGUGCAAUGUUGUGCAAUAUGCAGGAUCCAAUCAUUAGUGCCUAA